UAAAACUGUGUGCUUGCAUCGUCACGCACAGCUUGAGUGAGCAGUUCUGUUGCUGUGAUUUUAUAACAAGUUACUAAUGGAGUAGAUAGAUGUGGUAGUACAGGGUUAGGGCUAGGCAGUGUGUGCCCAGCCCUCACACAGCAGCUCCCACCCUCUGGUCCUGCCUGGACUUUGGAAAGGUUAAGGCAGUGCUCCCUACAGCUGCUGGAGGCCUCUGUGCUACAGCUUCCCAGUUAAUGAAAGAUGGCAGCAGCUGGAGCAGUGUUUUCCUGCUCCUGCCUCCAUUCUGGUGUGUGGUUGCUGAAACCAGGAAUGCAGAAGAUGAGCUCCUUCAGCUUACACACAGCAGCCAGGUGUGCUGCCAAGGAUUAUUAUGAAGUACUUGUGUUGGGUGGAGGAGCUGGUGGAAUCUCCAUGAGUGCUCGGAUGAAGAGGAAAGUGGGGGCAGAAAAUGUGGCUGUUGUUGAGCCAAGCAAGACUCAUUACUAUCAGCCCCUGUGGACCCUGGUUGGUGCUGGUGCAAAGCAGCUGGCAGAUUCUGCACGUCCAAUGGGAAGUGUAAUGCCUGCAGGUGUUGAGUGGAUCAAAUCUCAAGUUACAGCAUUGGAUCCAGAUAAGAACUGUGUCUGGCUGGAGAAUGAUAUCAGGGUAUCUUACAAGUAUCUGAUAAUUGCUCUUGGAAUUAGUCUGCAUUACGAAAAGAUCAAAGGCUUGCCUGAAGGUUUUAAUCACCCUAAAAUAGGUUCCAAUUAUUCAGCCCAGACAGUAGAGAAAACAUGGAGAGCUUUACAAGAUUUUAAGGAAGGAAAUGCUAUCUUCACUUUUCCAAAUACUCCAGUGAAGUGUGCAGGGGCUCCUCAGAAGAUUAUGUAUUUAUCAGACGCAUACUUGAGAAAAACAGGAAAACGUUCCAAAGCAAACAUCAUGUUCAACACCUCACUUGAUGUGAUUUUUGGUGUUAAGAAAUAUGCUGAUGCAUUGCUUGAAGUAGUAAAGGACAGGAAUCUUACUGUUAACUACAAGCGCAACCUCGUAGAAGUUCGAGCAGACAAGCAAGAAGCUGUGUUUGCAGACUUGGACAGACCUGGAGUGACUGAAGUUCAUCAGUAUGAAAUGCUUCAUGUCACACCCCCAAUGGGGCCACCUGCUGUACUCAUCAACAGUCCUGUCUCAGAUGCAGCCGGCUGGGUGGAUUUAGAUAAGGAGACUCUACAGCAUAAAAAGUAUCCUAAUGUCUUUGGUAUUGGAGACUGCACCAACCUUCCAACAUCAAAAACUGCUGCAGCUGUAGCUGCACAGUCUGGAGUCCUUGAUAAAACUAUUUCUCUGGUAAUGAAGAACGAGUUGCCAGUUAAAAAGUAUGAUGGAUACACUUCCUGCCCACUAGUAACAGGCUAUAACAAGGUGAUCCUGGCAGAGUUUGACUACAAUGCUCAGCCUUUGGAGACCUUUCCUAUUGACCAGAGUAAGGAGAGAGUAACCAUGUACCACAUGAAAGCUGAUAUGAUGCCUCUGCUCUAUUGGAAUGCACUACUUAAGGGAUACUGGGGAGGACCAGCUCCUGUCAGGAAGCUGAUGCAUCUGGGCUUGAAGUAACUGCUGGUUCUCAGCAUUGGAUAAAACCUUCCAAAGAAGUGGACUAGUUUCACACUGGAUCAAUACAUAUCUUCCCUCUUGGAAUACCUGGCAGUUUGUUUUUCUUAAUCAAGCUUUGGUCACUAAUUCACUUUUCCUCCUACUAUGGAUUAAAGCCUUCUUAGUGCUCUUUCCAUGAUCUUUUAUGUUAAUUGAGGCCUUAAAGUACUUUUGUAUUUACACAGGAAUCUGACCUUGCCUUACCCUACAGAUUACUACAGGAAUUGCUAAACAAUCAAUACUUUGGAAGCUAUUGUCUAUGUAAAAUUUUCUUCCUGAAACUAAACUGAUUUAUUUGCACCCAAGAUCAAUGCAUGCACUGGAUGUAACAGUGAUUCAAUGCUAGUAAAAUGGCCUGAAAGUC